CGACUGACCACGGCGUCGACACAUACGUGGGCACGAUGACUCGGGGCAACCAGCGCGAAACGGACCGCUUGAAGGCCCAGAAAAAGGCAGCCCAGGCCAAGAACAAGCCAAAGGAGAGCGCGAGCACACUGCAACAGCGCCGCGAGAAAGAUGCCGAGAUCCUGAGACAGAAACAGAAGAAGAAGGAGGAGGACAAGGCGGCGGGGGCGGCAGGGGACGGCGGGAAGAAAUAACAUGUUUGAGGAGAGUGUUCCCAUCGCACGCCCGCCCGAUCCCGACGCCACCGGGUUGGUGAAAGACGGGACGCAAGAGCGUCUCAUUGAUUUGCUCCUUGGUGUUCGGGACCUGUGCACAUCUUUUCCGUUAAUUUGUCUCGUCUGUCUGCGGCGGCACUGUUGUGUUCCCGGGUGUACUCUCUUAUGAUAUUUAGAUCUCUGCGGACAAUCAUGGGCAGUGGAUGAUGAAUUCAUCCAUUUUGUUGUC